AUCUAAAAUCUCCCGGCGGAUUCCGUCUACGUUCGGUCGGGUUCUUCUUCUUCUUCGAACGAGUGGCUUGUGGUGGCAUCGAGUCCCACAUUUUUUAUACCCUCAUCAUCCCCACCUCCGGGCCUCUGAGGGCUCACCACAUACUUAUAUUCUCCAGAAUCUUCUCUCACUUUCUGGCCACAAUCGGAUUUGUCCUCCCAAAGGACGAAGCAGCCACUCCUGCUAUUGAGAAGGAUCGCCCACAAUUUGAUAGGAGGCUUGGAUUGUUCUGCUGCGUUUUGUUGUUGGACUUGGUGGGGUGUCUGUAAUAAGGAAGGAGAAUGGAUCACCCGCUGCUGGGGUCGUUGUUGAGGGGCCGGCGGCUGGAGAGCUGCCUCGAGGCGAAGGUGCGGUCGGUGGAGGAGCACGAGGAGGCGGCGGUGAGGCGGCCGGAGAAGGCCGACGACGGGUGGGUGAGCGUCGCCGUGUCGGGCGCCCGGGUCGUCGCCUGCUUCCUGACGAUGAUGGUGACGACGGCGGUGUGGGCGGGCAUCAUGCUCCUGCUGCUGCCGUGGCCCUACGAGAGGAUCCGCCAGGGCAACCUGUAUGGCCACGUCACCGGCAGAUUGAUGAUGUGGAUUCUGGGAAAUCCCAUAAAGAUACAAGGAUCCGAGUUCUCUGCCACGAGGGCCAUCUAUAUCUGUAAUCAUGCGUCUCCCAUCGACAUCUUUCUGGUAAUGUGGCUGACGCCCAUCGGCACCGUAGGCAUAGCCAAAAAAGAGAUUAUAUGGUAUCCACUGUUCGGUCAGCUGUAUGUGUUGGCGAAGCAUCUCCGCAUCGACCGCUCCGACCCCGCUGCUGCCGUCGAAUCACUGAAAGAGAAUUCUCGAGCUCAGGCUGCUCGUGCAGUAAGGAACAACGACUUGUCGCUCGUCAUUUUCCCGGAGGGCACUCGAUCCAGAUCAGGGAGGCUUCUUCCCUUUAAGAAGGGUUUCGUGCACAUCGCACUGCAGACGCGGUUGCCGAUAGUUCCGAUGGUACUCACCGGCACACAUCUAGCUUGGAGGAAGGAUAGCUUGAGGGUGAGACCGGCACCGAUCACGGUGAAGUACCUUCCGCCCAUAAAGACAGAUGAGUGGGAGAAGGACAAGAUUAAUGAGUACAUAGAGAUGAUACACUCGUUGUAUGUCCAACACUUGCCUGAGGCACAGAAGCCAUCGGCGUAGGAGACGGGUAGAAUUGUGUGCUCUUUAUUACACCUUCGAGAUGACGUGGUUAUAGAUGAUUGUAAUUGACAUGCUCUCGUUCGCUGUGGGGUGUCUCAUACUUCCAAUCUGCAGUCAGUAGGAAGAAUCUAAGUAGCUCGAGAGUCGGUCGAAUGAAAUAGAGAUGCGACAAUCAAUUAAUAAACCUUUCCUGCUCA